AUGCCUUCACAAAGCCAAGAAAUUAAUAUUGAUAUAAACUCUAAUGAAGAUUCGUCUUCCAUAAGUGAACCGAAGGAUGAUAGAAACCAGGAAGUUAAAUAUGUGGCUACAGAAAAUGUUGGAAGCAGUGUUCCGGCGGGCCUUAGUUCGGACCAAAAGCUGGCAUUUGCCUUAAGAGAUUUCUUGGGACCUUCUAGCAUGGUUCCCUCUGAUGAUACACCAUCUCCGUCCAUCACCGAGCAAAAGCUGCCUUACAUAGAUGAAAUUUUAGAUGCUGAUCUUGCGAAUUCCGACGAAGAGCUUAAGACGUGUCUGGAGACCGAGGAAGUUUUAAAUAACGCGGCAUGUAGGCUGAGACGAUGGCGUGCAGCAUCUCGAAAGCUUCGUAGACCUCGUAUCAUCGACAACCUGUGUAGUAGUAAAGAGUGUGGUAGUGGUAGUGGAAAAGCCUUUAGUGGCGGUCAUACGGAUUUAGCUGACCGUUUGAGAAGUUUGGCGGCGGCUGGAGGCAUGUCUGCAUCGGCUGGGGAGCUGAUGUCCUUGGCUCCACCACCUCCUGCUGCCACUGCUCCAUCUUCACCAGGAUGCUUACUCACACCCACUCUAGCCGACCAGAGUUCUGCUGAAUAUUUUGGGUCAAGUCCUGAGUGCUGUAUAGAUGUUAUCGGGUCCAAAGUAACAAACUCGUCUGGGACUCCCGUGCCACCACCGGGACCGAGGUACAAGUUGGCUACAGAAGGGACUUUGAGAAUAUGUUCCUUUCAACAUACAAGGACGGUGGUUGACAAAAUCCUAGCAGCCAAAUUCUUCAGGAGAUGGGAGAGCCACGUUCUGUGUUUACUGGACGACCACAUCGUCUCAAAAACUCCUUGCGGCCAAAUGGAACGACCAUUGACGUACAACUGCAUGCAGGAAGUAUACUGUAUAUCGAGAUGGGAUCCCGCCAGAAAGUACUGUCUGCGGAUUGUUAUGCCUCAUGGAUCGUUAUUAUUGCAGGCUAACGAUGCAUACACGAGGGACCAGUGGUACUACUCAAUAGUGUGGAGGAGAAACAUGCUGCGUUACCGUAAUAUAUUAACAAAAACCGUGAGGAAGGAGUUAGUCGUAAAAGAGUUAAAGAACAUGGUGGAUUUUGUGAUGACUACACCCUUGCAGGACGAGAGUGUGACGCGUACACCCUUGUCGUUGCUAACUAAUUUACUCUCUGAGAACAAGGAUAGUCCUGACUGGGAGGAAUGGGCUGAAACAACAACAAGCGUGGCUGCACCACUUUUAGCAGAGAGAGGUGUCAACGGUGAGCUGUGUGCCCUGCUCGCGCGGUUAUGUAGGCGAAGACCUCGUUCUGCUCCUUUGCCAGCACUGGCACCGCCUGUGAGGCGCGUACUGACUAGAAACGUUGAUUUCGGAAAGGCGCCUCAUGCACGACAGUUCGUUAGAGACUAUAUAAGUGCCUUAAGCGCUCAUAACUCCGGACCGAGCUUAGUUCGACGCUUUGUGGAGGUCACACAUGGAAAUCGUGCCACGUGUCCCCAUCCUAGAGCUGCUCCCAACUUGGCAGCAGUGGUCUUGGCAGCUAUUGACGAUCACUACAGAAAUUACACCACGCCCCACCAGUGCGAUGAUACUGAAUACGACGUACUAUGCUUUGCGGAUAUCUUGGAGCACAUGUGCGAAUACGAAGACUGGCUGGCAAUAGUAGGUGGAGUGUUACAGCCCGUUCCUAUACGAGCUAGUGCCAUGGCGUGUCCUCGAGUUGCAUUCCGCUUGGGGAAUGUACUGAAUGCAUUAUCUCGGGAUCAGCGCUGCUCUGUGCACAGCUGUGUGGCAUCCGCCCGAGCUGCUCGGCCCUGCCCGCCGUCUUGGUUGCGGGCCGCGGCUCCUUCGGAACCAAUUCUGUCAUUGCCACAUGCGAAACUGUGUCAAGUGUGGGGAGAUAUGGUACAAGCUUUACUAAAUUGUUGCUGCAAAAGAAAAAGCUUCCUGCAAAGUAUGAGUAAACAAUUGCCGGACUUCAUGAUAGUUGCCUUGACUGAACACCCGGCAGCUUUAGAAGCCUUAUGCCUUAUGCUCGAAUGGGAGGUGGCCAGCGGGGAACAAACUCAAUUGGAGAUUAUUGCUGCCUUACAGGGAACUGAACUAGGAAAGCAGUAUUAUACAGAUCUAUGUGAACGACAGAAAACAUUGCAACGACUUCAAGCACAUGGAGGUCCGAAACGGUUAGCUUUGCCAGUGCGUGCAACGGAUGAAGAUGUAGCUGCAUUACUGGAAGCCGGAGCCCUCGGGAACCUUGAAUGUUUGAGCCUUGCUUUCACUAGCGUCACCAGCGCUUGCGCACAUCAUUUAAUAAAGCUACCAUCACUUCGCUACCUUAACUUGUGGGCAACAAAGUUCGGAGAUAGUGGCGUUCAACUGAUUGCGGAACAUUUGCCGCGACUGCAAGUACUCAACCUAUGCGAAACUCCCGUUUCUGAUAAGGGCAUAGAGGCACUAUCAGGACUAUCCAGUCUUAGAAGAAUAAAUCUUAACAGCACCAAACUAUCAGCCGAGGCCUUCGAUACUCUACGUCAAAGGUUACCCCAGCUUCAAGAAUAUGACGUUCGCUACACUGAGGCUUGGUGA